AUGUCUAGACUGGCAGACUCUUUGGCUAAGAUUGCCAUACCUUUGGGGCUUACUGCCUCCGCCUUACAAUACUCGAUGUACGAUGUGAAAGGUGGUUCCAGAGCAGUUAUCUUUGACAGAUUGAGCGGUGUUCAACAACAAGUGGUUGGUGAAGGGACUCAUUUCUUGAUUCCGUGGUUACAAAAAGCGGUGCUUUACGACGUGAGAUCGAAACCCAGGAAUAUCGCCACCAACACCGGAACUAAGGACUUACAAAUGGUUUCUUUGACGUUGCGUGUCUUGCACAGGCCCGAUGUUAUGCAUCUACCCAUAAUUUACCAAAACCUAGGGCUUGAUUACGACGAAAGGGUAUUGCCUUCGAUCGGUAACGAAGUGCUAAAAUCCAUUGUUGCUCAAUUUGACGCUGCAGAAUUGAUCACUCAAAGAGAAACGGUUUCGCAACGUAUUCGUCAGGAAUUGUCGCUAAGAGCGUCAGAGUUCAACAUCAGACUCGAGGACGUUUCGAUAACGCAUAUGACUUUUGGCCCUGAGUUUACUAAAGCCGUGGAACAGAAACAAAUCGCCCAACAAGACGCUGAAAGAGCCCGGUUUGUGGUCGAGUUGGCCGAACAAGAAAGACAAGCCUCUGUUAUCCGUGCUGAAGGUGAAGCAGAGUCUGCAGACUACAUUUCAAAAGCGUUGGCGAAAGCCGGUGAUGGGCUACUGUUGAUCAGAAGAAUCGAGGCAUCGAAAGAAAUUGCCAAAACGUUGGCAAACUCUUCUAAUGUGACAUACUUGCCCGGCGGCCACAGUUCUGGAGAGUCUCAAAAUCCCAACUCGUUGCUUUUGAACCUAGGCCGCUGA